CAUCAUAUCGCGAUUAAAUCGCAAAUGCAAUUAAUCGUUCAGCCCUAGUCUUAGCAGAGGUAUGCUCUGUCCGAGUGCAGCAGAGUUUUAUUUGUCACAAAUUGCUGUUGGAAGGAAGCAGCGAAAAAGAUUGCUGUGUUUUUGCUAACGAGUGGACUCCUUGCUCCACCUGGGAUAUGGCUGAGUGAUGGCGACGUAAUUGAGACAUCGUGUUAGAACUGUUUCCACUCGAGUAGCCAACAGUGGGAAAGCAAUGCUUGCAGGACUGUCCUUUGUGUACAGUCUUCUCACCCUCGUCAUCAAAUUGAGCGCUGAAUCCAAAAUGUUCCCACACUGCGGACUUUGAAAGACAGCGGUGCAUUCCAAAUGUACUUCUCUCGGUCUAGCUAGUGUUCACCAUUGUCAAGUUGGAGAUGAGAGUUUCCUCUCUCUUCUCCAGCUCCUAUUUGCAUACAGACCGCUGAUAGGCUCCAGUGAAAUGUUGACACGCUCCAGAGAUGUUCUGUGGAUCUGAAUUUACAACAUGCAAUAAGCAGGUUUUGGAAAUGAAAGGGAAAUGACAGGCCUAUCGUAAUUCCACAGUUCACGUGUGCGUAUUGAAUUGUAGGGGAUGUAGAGAACAGUUCGACUUAAUACCAUGUACCGUUGCAUCCCUAAUAAAAACCCAAGAAUUCAAAUGUUUUUACGUCAGAUCUGUAACACAUGUGGUACUAGAUUGGAAAAUCUGAUCUACUCAUGCAACGGUUGUAUAACCACAAAGAUUCACAUUUUUAGGAUUCUAAGUUCAUUUGUGCGGCAAUGGUAUGACAUGUUGAAAAGGUAUACAUAACUGAAACAUUUUGUAAUGUUUCCCCUUCAAAGCAAGUCUCAUGCUGCUCUUCAUCCAGGGUUUUAUCACCAUUAUUGAGACCAGAUGGUCUAAACAGGGAAAGAAUUGUCAGUGUGCCUUAAAUGUAAACAUAACAUUAAUGAACUGAGUCACUAAAGUGAACGAGAUCUGACGCCACUAGUCAGAUCAUCUCUCCUAGUCAUAACGUUUUAACAUAAUGUUGUGCCACUGUUGUCACCUUUAUAGAUUUGCACGUUCAGUUCCCUGUCAUGAAACCCUGCAAUGGUUAUGUGCUAUUUUCCUUAUUAGAAAUAUGUAUUUUUGAUGCAAAAUGAUUUGUUCCUCAUUAGAGGGUUCUGCUGACCAGUAAGAGUACCAUAAUAUUGGAAAUUAAAACGUUAUUGACAGUGACACAUUCAUGUUUUAUUCAAUCCUCUAACACGAACUCUAAUUCUAUCUAGAUGGCUGACACUGAUAGUCAUUCUUUGCAUGCGAACAAGUCUAGAAUCACCAGUAGCCUCAAACAACACUUCAUUUCUAUGGUGAAGGACUUUAUCCCUCUAGGCACCCAGAGACGAGCCAGUGCUGAUAGCGACCGGCGCUCUCUCCUCCCCAAGCCGGAGGCUUCCUCAUGGUCUCAAGCCCCAGCCCCCGCUUUCCAGCCCCCCUCUCCUACCUGCCCUACAGUCCUCUCAUACCAAAAGGACUCCAGGAGAAGGACAGGUCCUCUAUUUCCUCGCAGCUCUAGCCAGCCAGAUGCCAACAUGCUCUUAAGGAGCUCUGCGAACCGACUCAGUAGGUCCUCCAGGCGCAGGGCAUUCUCACCCCCCGGCCCCAAGAGGCAGCAACCCUCCCCAGCCAACACGAGGAACCCUGUUUGGAUGGCGCCUUCUCGUAACUUCAGGAGUGCUGAGCGUAAAAGUUCUGAGGCUUCACCAAAGAAGGGUCAAGCUGUCCAUGGCCACAAAAUGUCCUUUGGUACCCCCAAAAAGGACUCCCAUGAAGCAUCCGGUAGCAUGAUUAAGACCUCGACCACUAAAAUGAAGGAGACACUACAUAAGAUGUCUCGAGAUGGCAGCAGCCUGCAGCCCCGCUUGGUACUGAAACGGCUUCGGGAUUCUGACUUGGAAAGCCUGGGUGAAGUUAAACGGCCAUGCUUGAAUAACAACCAUCAGACGCACACCCAAACUCACAAACCUGUAAACCCUGGACCGGAACAUACCCUCUCACCUCCACCUACUGCCAGGCCAGUUUGCACACCCUCGAACUCCACACGGCCUCAGACAGAAGAGGCUCUUAUAUCAACAGUCCUCGCACAGUCUGAGUGUGAACUGACGCAUACAUCCACAGAUUUAACAUCUUCUGAGACUAACACGACACACACAUCCACAACCACAAACACCACAGAACCUGAGACGAAAUCCAGACACACAUCCAUUGACUUUGCCCAGUCAAACCGGACAGACACCUCUGGAAAUAAAAGCCAGCCAGCAUCUAAACCAACACAUACUGCAUCUCAAAUGGCACACAUAUCCACAAACAUCACUCGGUCUUCCUCCGCGCCUUUGUACAGUCCUACUCAUUCCACUCCAAGUUCCUUCCCCAAUCAAGGACACACACCCAGACCUUUCCAACCCAGACACACAUUCUCCCCCACACAACCUUCUAGACCGACAUUCACACCAACCCACACCGCACGCGGUUUCCAUCCCAUCCUCAGCGCUGUUCCCAGAUAUAGACACACGCCCAGACCCGCACAACGUGCUCACAUAUACACGCGAGCCCCUGGACCUACCUUCCUUCCUCCCAGACACACCCACACACCUGCAAGACAUCCUUCUGCGCCUAGAAAUACCUGUAUGCCAUCAAGCCCGGUGCCUAGACCCUAUGCCACUUUCACUCUCAGUCCUUUAAACACUGCACCUAGACUGACAAGCAGCCAUACAUCCCUACGCCCAAUGUUCAGGCCCAUGCAACAGCACGUGUCCUCACCUACCCACAGGCCCACAAAUUCUGUAGCAAGACACACACACAAUUAUACAUCCACCAAUGCAGUGUCAAGGCCUACACCCACACCCACAAAACCUGUUUCUACACUUACCAAAACCCCUACACCGGCAAGCCCGUCUAGAUCCACAGAUUCUCACACACCCACAAAACCUGUGUCUACACUUACCAAAACCCCUAUACCUGCAAACACAUCUAGAUCCACAGAUUCUCAAACGCCUACAAAACCUGUGUCUACACUUACCAAAACCCCCAUACCUACAAACUCUUCAUCUAGAGCCACAGAUUCUCACACACCCACAAAACCUGUGUCUACACUUACCAAAACCCCCAUACCUACAAACUCUGCAUCUAGAGCCACAGAUACUCACACACCCACAAAACCUGUGUCUGCACCCAAAAAUACGCCCACAAACCCCGUCUCUGGACCUGCACGCACAUGUCGCCCUGUACACCCCUUUUUCCAGUCCAAACAGACACAUGCACGCCCUGUCAGACCCUUGGGACCCAGCCCUCCCCCUGGGGUUGCCGAUGCCAAGCAGCCCCGUGUCACCUCCUCCCCCAGCACUGCAGAGCUAUUCACCCCGCCAAAGUAUGUCCAACGUGCCUUCGUAAAGUGUAACGAAGAGGGUCCGGUGAUAAUGAAAGAAAAAUGUUCACCAAGACUGCCUCCACUGUCUGAGCCAUCCCCCUCCUCCUCCUCCUCUUCCUCGUUGUUACCGGCUGCGUCUGUGAAGAGUUCAUCGAGGAAGCUCUUUUCCCAGGCAGACAGCACAGUGGGCCCGGGCGAGACCACAGAGAGCAGCGACCCUCAGCCCAGCCCUCUCAACCCUCCGCAGCCCUCUCCCAUCCCCUCUGAAGCCGACCCUCCAGGGUCUGGCCCUGUCCAGGCUCCCCGGUCCCCCUCUCCGCAGAUGGACGACCUGGAUGAGAUUCUCACCCCAGACUCUCUGCCCGCAACCGCUGGCAUGGAUGUUGACAUGGUUUCCCCUGAAGCCAGCCAAGACUCACCCGCCCACUUGACCUCACAGCUGGGCACCUUGGUAAUGGAGCCUGAUGAGACUGUCACAACAGCCCAGACUGAUGUUGUGUUGGAUGAGGCCGGCACUCUAAAGGCUGAGAUCCGCACCUUAAAAGCGGAGCCGUCCACGAAUGCGUCACAGGUCUGCUCCGGUCAAGAUUCAUUCAGCAGGACACACGUCCCGUCAUCUAAGGCGAGCCCCGCCCACAGCCUUGAGGUGCUGUGGGUGGACCCUCUGGAGGAUGACCUGGGAUUGGGCGAUGGCCUGAGUGGGCUGGACUGUGCUCUGAGUGACACGAGCAGCAGCGAAGACGAGAAGCUGCUGUCGCUGCAGGAGAUCAUGGAGCGCAGUGUGCGCCCGCCCCCCACCCCUGACAAGGACGCCUUCCCUGCGCCCAGCACACCUGUGGCCAAAGCUCCUGUGGAGCCCAUCAAGGCCAAAUCUGUAAACUACAAGAACACGUUGGAGCAGAUGCUGAUUGAGAAGGAGAAGAACCAGAAGUCGAAGGAGCUGGAAGAAAAACUGCUGCAGUGCUGUCAGGAAAACCUGCUGAUGAUGGCAGAGGAAGAGGAGGAGAAGGAGAAGAAAGAAGAAGAGGAAAUCUCUCAUGAACAGCACAAAUUUGUCCAGAAGUACACACUGACUGCCAACACCAUCAGGGACCUGCACCCCGGAGAGGAACUCUUCUCUCUGGCCAGCUUCGGCCGGCUCUUCACCCAGGACAGUCUGCUUCUGCCCUCACAGGGCAUCUCCCCCAAGAACGCGGCCCAGCGCUCCAUUCUCAGGGCCAGUCCUAAACAUGCUCUCCUGCUGGUACGGGCAGGGCUUCUGAAGAGGGCAUAUGCCUCCAGUCCUUGUCAGCCUGAGGUUUCCCGCUGGCUCCUUCAGAUGAUGUCAGUGCAUUCGGACCCCUGCAUGUCUGCGCAGAUCCUGCAGUCUCUGAAACACAUAGCCCUUAUAGCUGGCCUAAAGAUUGAGAGUCAGGACCUGCAGUUCCAGGUGUGGGUGCCCAGCGUGCAGGACGUGGUGCUGGUGUUCCUGAACAUGGGCGUCCCCUACAUCAGCAUGUUCCCUCUGGAGAUGCUCCAGCCAUCUUUCACCGAGGCCGACCUCCUUGAGAACACUGCGAUUGGCCCCGAGUGUGCGCCGAGUGGGAGUGAACACGCCACUUUUCCAGAGCACAACUUCGACAAUGUCAUCAAGUACCUGAGUGUGUGUGCGGCGCUGUGUCCGCGGGUGUACUCUGAUCGAGAGCUGCUGCUGCUGCUGGCGCUGGUGUGCCGGCUCAGUCUGGACACACACCUGCAGCUGCUGCCCCCCACCAACCUGUCCACCCUCAUGCUCCACCUCAUCAGUAACAUCACAGACUGGGACACACAGCUGCCUAUAGUGUGCCGGGCUCUGACUGAUCUGACGGAGGAUCACCACAACCUGAGACGCCUGGUGCAACUGCUGCCUCCCAGCAGCCGGGGGAGGCAACUUAGGAGACACCUCAGCUUGUCAAUCAUCUCCAGACUGCUCAACCACAGGUGCACGUACAAACCUGCCAGCACUGAGUUCCAGCUGUCUGACCUUCGUCGGUAUGUGCCCCGCAUGAGACCAUCUCUUCUGAAGCACAUCGCUAAGAGACCGGACAUGGAGCAGGACGAGGCUACGCUGGACCAGCAGGCAUACUAUCUCUGCUAUAGCCUCUUGGAUCUGACCAAUGAAGCUUCCAAUUACGAAUUUUUGCGUCCAGACCAGAAGAACCAGCUGAAAAUGCUGUCCGCACUACUAGAGAAACAUGUCAAGUGUGACAUCCGUGAGAGUGAGAAGUGUCUUUACAGGAGUAAGGUGAAGGAUUAUGUUGCCAGGAUAUACACCAGGUGGCAUGUGCUACUGCAGAGAACACGACCUGCACAGGGAAAGCUGUACGACUUCUGGGAGCCUCUGUCUGAGGACGCAUUGAGCAGCAGUCAGGAAGAGCAGCAGGAGCAGAGACGACCUCAGGAGGUGCAGGAGCAGAGACGACCUCAGCCGGAUCGGGAGGUGGAGGAGCAGCAGGAGCAGAGACGACCUCAGCCGGAUCGGGAGGUGGAGGAGCAGCAGGAGCAGAGACGACCUCAGCCGGAUCAGGAGGUGGAGGAGCAGCAGGAUGGCAAGGAGAAUGUGGCCGAGGAGGCAGAGAAGAUGGCUGAGGAAGAGCCGGAGGCAGCAGAGGAGGAGAUGGUAGAUGAGAGCUCAAGAAACGAGACUGUAAUGGAGGAGGUGACCAUGAUAGAGCAGCCAGAGGAGGAGGAGGAGGAGGAGGAGGAGGAGCAGGAGCAGGAGGAGCCAAAUAGGGAGCAGGGUCCUUCAGCAGAGGAGGGGCUUGACAGGGUGGAGGGGCAGUUAACCAAAAGGGACGGAAUGCCAAUACAAGGGGAGGAAUUGCACGUGCUGGAGGAGCCAGAUCGGAGGGAAGGGCAGCCAACUGAGGAGGGACUGGACAGGGUGGAGGGGGAGCCAACUGAGGAGCAGGGAGAGGAGAUGGAGGGGGAGGGGCUGCCAGCAGAGGAGGCGCCAGCGAAGGAGGACAAGGAGCUUGCCAUGGAGGAAGAGUUAACAAAAGAUGAGCUGCAUCAAGAGAAGGAGGCACUGAUGAUGGAGAUGGAUAUGGAGCUGCAUGGGCAGGAGGAAAAGGCGAUUGAGAGCAGGAUAGAGGUGGGGGAGCAGUCGCCUAGCAGAAGAGAAGGAGUGCAGGCGGAGGAGGUAGAAAUGAAAGAGACAGGCACAGAGUCUUCAGAGCAGAAAGGACCAAAUACAGAGGAGCCAAUGACAGAGGUGGAGACAGAGGCAGGGGACAGAUCAGUGGGGGAAGGCAAGCCCAGGCUGGAAUCUGACAAAAAAGAUGUUGGAUGCAGAGGUGAAGAAGAAUCAGGCGAUGGACACGCACACCUACAGCCAGGGCAAACGGUGCUCUCUCCCACUGAAAGCCCCUGUCCGCCAUAGUAGGGUGUGUGGGGUGUUGACCACCACAAAAAGCUCAGGGAAACCUCUCUCAGAGGUCAUGUUUGCUGAUGUGAGCGCUUCAUGGGAACGGGGCGUCCUCCUUACAGUUUAGAUUUGCACAUGCACAGUUGUUCAGUUGUUUGUUUCAUUUUUUUUUUUUGGAAUGCCACAAGUUUGUGCACGUCACACAUGCCGUGUCCAUGGUCUUAAACAUCAUUUUCGCUUAUACCUAUGUACUCGUCAA